GGCGACAUUGACAGUCGUGCAUCACAAUUAAGCGUUAGUCCCUGUUACCAGCCAGCAGCAAGCAGCACUACAACACUUUUAAAUCCCUCCGCUGCUGCAGUAUCCCGUCCAUCUCCUCGCCCACCUUAUAGUGGAAGAAUGGAAAAUGGACGACAUUGAAUAAAAAAAAUCAAUGAGAGAAAAAAAUUUUUUUAUAUGCUCAUUCAGUUUUGUACACACAAAAAAUAUCUACACAACUGAGAAUGAGUGCCUUUUUUUAAUAUUUUUCCCUCUAUUUUUAUCGUCUUCAUCUCAUUUUUUAUUGUAAAAUAAUAAUAAUAAAACGCACACAUCAAAUAAAAUCUCAAUAAUUGUAUGAAAAAUUCUAAAACAUCGGUUAUCAUCGAAUUUCUUUAUCUCAAAAAUUUUUUCCUACGUUUAGGUCUAGUUGGAAGUUUAAAUUUGUUAUUUUUAAGUUAAUUGUUGGCAUAUUGUUUUUUAUUUUUCUUUCUCUCUCAAUUUUUUCCGUCUCUCCAUAUUUGACCAAUUCCAUAUUUUGCCAGCAAGGCUAAAAACUCGCGUUUUGCCAACAAGGCCUUACUGACUAAACAUGAUUUUCUACCCUUAUUGGCAAAAUGUAAAAUUGGUCAAAUAUGGAGGAGCCACUUUUUCAAUUCUCUUCCAUUUUUCUCUAAUUUUUUGGUCCCUUCAUUUAUUUAUUUGUUUCCACAUUGCUUUUUUUUUUCGUCCACGUCGUUAUUCCGCUUAUUUUUUCUUCAAUUUUAUUAGUCGAUUAUAUUAAUCAUAAAAUAGGGGGGCGAAAGUCUACCGAUAACAUACAAACCAUUUUAGAGAAAGCAAAGAAUAAAUAUAAGCAACCAAUUUUAUUAAUAAAAUGCCACUUCGCCUUGAUGUUAAACGGAAAUUACUCGCUCGUUCUGAUCGUGUCAAAUCAAUUGAUUUACACCCAACUGAACCGUGGACAUUAGUUUCUCUUUAUAAUGGGCAUGUUCACAUUUGGAAUCAUGAAAAUCAGCAGUUGGUUAAAUCGUUUGAGGUUUGUGAGCUGCCUGUACGCGCGGCAAAGUUCAUUUUUCGCAAAAAUUGGAUAGCGACUGGUUCAGAUGAUAUGCAACUUCGCAUUUUCAAUUAUAACACGUUGGAACGUGUGCAUCAAAUGGAAGCUCACUCGGACUAUUUGCGAUCGAUAGCUGUGCAUCCAACCCAGCCCUUCUUACUAACUAGUUCUGAUGAUAUGCUUAUUAAACUAUGGGAUUGGGAUGAUAAAUGGAAGCUAAAACAGACAUUUGAAGGCCACACUCAUUAUGUUAUGCAAUUAGUGAUAAAUCCAAAAGACAAUAAUACAUUCGCCACAGCUUCACUCGACAAAACAAUAAAAGUUUGGCAAUUGGGAAGCCCUACUCCAAAUUUUACUCUUGAAGGCCACGAGAAGGGGGUAAAUUGUGUUGAUUAUUACCACAGUGGAGACAAGCCUUAUUUAAUUUCUGGAGCAGAUGACAGAUUGAUCAAAAUUUGGGAUUAUCAAAACAAAACUUGUGUUGCAACACUUGAAGGACAUUCGCAUAAUGUUUCUGCUGUUUGUUUUCAUCCAGAAUUGCCUAUAAUUGUUACUGGGUCAGAAGAUGCGACUGUACGAAUUUGGCAUGCAAAUACAAAUAGACUUGAAACAACACUAAAUUAUGGACUUGAACGUGUUUGGUGUAUAACAGCACAAAAAGGAUCAAAUAAAAUUGCUAUUGGUUAUGAUGAAGGCUCGGUAACUAUAAAAUUGGGACGUGAGGAACCUGCUGUCUCCAUGGAUUCGACAGGAAAAUUAUUGUGGGCAAAACAUACAGAUGUUCAACAAGUUAAUUUGAGAGCAUCAGAUGAACAAACUUUGGAGCAAGCACAAGAUGGAGAGCGACUUGCUCUUGCUGUCAAGGACAUGGGAUCAACAGAAUUAUACCCUCAAAAAUUGCAGCAUUCUCCAAAUGGACGUUUUGUUGUUGUUUGUGGAGAUGGUGAAUAUAUAAUUUAUACGGCAACAGCUUUGCGUAACAAAUCUUUUGGUUCAAGCCUUGAUUUUGCAUGGGCAAAUGAUUCAAAUAUGUAUGCAGUGCAAGAAAGUUCGCAAUUAAUUAAGCUGUUUAAGAAUUUCAAGGAAGUCCUUCAAAUUCGACCUGAUACAUCUAUUGAAGGAAUUGAUGGUGGUCAUUUAUUGGCAGCACGUUCUGCUGGUUCACUUCUUUUUUAUGAUUGGGACACUGGACAUGUUAUUCGUCGUAUUGAAAUUGUUGCCAAAAAAGUUUUUUGGAGUGAAAAUGGUGAUAUGGUUGCUAUUGCAAGUGAUGAACAACUUUAUAUUUUGCGUUAUGAUUCUGAGACUGUUUCACGCGUAAAUAUUAAUGAAAUUGGAGCUGAUGGAGUUGAAGAAGCAUUCGAAGUCAUUGGUGAACUAACGGAGGCUGUAAAAACUGGAAUUUGGGUUGGUUACUGCUUCAUAUUUACAACAACUUUAAACCGACUUAGUUAUUAUGUUGGUGGUGAAGUUGUCACUAUUGCACAUACUGAUCGUCCACUUUAUUUGCUUGGGUACUUGUCAAAAGAAAAUCGUCUUUUUGCUUGUGACAAAGACCACAAUAUUGUCUCCUAUAAAAUUCUUCUGUCAGUUUUGGAAUAUCAAACUGCUGUGAUGCGACGUGAUUUUGAUUCUGCUGAUCGAAUUCUAAAAACAAUACCAGAAAAUCAAUGUACAAGAGUUGCUCAAUUUUUGGAGAAACAAGGCUUCAAAAAACAAGCGCUUGCUGUUAGCAAGGACCCACAGCAUCGUUUUGAAUUGGCUCUUUCACUUGGAGAUUUAAAUGUUGCCUAUGAGUUGGCCCAACAAUCGGAUAGCGAAGAUAAAUGGAAACAACUUGCACAUGCAGCAACUAUUCGUUCAGAGUUACGACUGGCUGGUGAAUGUCUGGCUAAAGCUCGUGAUUUCGGAGGUCUUCUCUUGCUCGCUUCAUGUUCUGGUUCUAAUAAAUUGAUGUCACAAUUAGCUAAAGAAUCUUACAACAAUAAUCAACACAAUGUUUCAUUCCUUUCUUCAUAUCUUCUCGGCGAUUUACAACAAUGUUUGGAAAUUCUUAUUGAAAAUGGACGCAUUCCUGAAGCUACUUUCUUUGCUCAUACUUAUGCUCCAAGUCAAGUACCUCGUUUAGUGUCACUUUGGAGAGAUGCAGCGAGUCAAUCAUUGAGUGGAAUAAGCAAAAGAAAUGUUGGAGAAAGUUUGGCUGAUCCAUUAAAAUAUGAAAAUUUGUUCCCUGGUUAUGAUAAAGCACUUGAAGCAGAAAAACAAAGAGAUGGUGGAUGUCAAAAUGGAGUGGUGGUGGUGCCAGAGCAACAAGACGAUUUGAAGGAUGUAUUAGCUGAAAGUGAAUUAAAAUCUUUAAAUGGAACAGUAACAGAUCAAGAAGAAGAGGAACAUGAGAAUUCCUCUGGUGAACAACUUAGUGCAGAAGAUGAAGAAGUAGAAGACAAAGAAUCAUAA